GACAGGCUUUUUACAGUCUAAGAGGAAGAGUCACGCGUUUCAAUAAAAAAUAAUACAAAUUUGGAUAUAUUUUGAAAAAUAAACUCUGUGGGAUUUAGCCUUUGUUCUGAACUGCAAAGCGCAGUAUGUUUGGAGACGCCUGGGCUUUUGGAAAAUAUCCAGAAAUCUAAGAAAGACCACUGUGCUAUAUAAACGCUAACGAUCUCAAUUAUUUUCUAUUAUACCCGAGUUUUAAUUAUGUUACUCUUCAGGACUUCGUCAACUUUAGGACUGGUUGCCGUUUUACUGAGUUUGGGGAUUCAACAGAGCACUUGGAAUGCGGUGGAAUCGAUUCAUCCAGCAUGUGCUCUGGUAGCUGAGCAUAUGAAUGCUCAUGAGCAAUGCAUUCACACACAAGGACAAGAGGCCCACAACAGCAACAAUAUCACUGGGUGCCAUACAGAGUGGGAUGAAUUUUGGUGCUGGUACAGGGCUGAGAUUGGUCAGGUGGUCAACGUCUCCUGUUCUGACAUCUCGCAGCUCUUCUCUACUAAUCACGGUUACAUACUGAGAAAUUGCACCAAGGAUGGUUGGACAGAAACCUAUCCAUCCUAUGAGAAUGCUUGCAAGAUUGUGGAGGAUGUGGAAUCAGAGACUGAGACCACAUAUUUUUCGACUUUCAGGCAAGUGUACACUGCGGGCUAUGCUACAUCUUUGAUUUCCCUCAUCUCUGCCAUCUUUGUGUUUACGGCCUUCAGGAAGUUCCACUGCACCAGAAACUACAUUCACAUUAAUCUGUUUGCCUCCUUCAUUCUGAGAGCCAGUGCGAUCUUUAUCAAAGAUGGAGUGCUCUUUGCCGAUGAGGAUCUAGACCACUGUUUCAUGUCAACAACUGCAUGCAAGGCAGCGGUGGCUUUCUUCCAGUUCAGUAUACUGGCUAACUAUUUCUGGCUGCUCGUUGAGGGGAUGUAUCUACAGACACUUCUAGCUCUUACUUUUGUCUCACAGAAGAAGUAUUUCUGGUGGUACAUCCUUAUUGGUUGGGGUCUACCAACAAUAAUACUGACCAUUUGGGUUCUGGCAAGAAAUUUUUUUGACAACAGAGGGUGCUGGGAUGACACAGAUGUUGCUUACUUUUGGUGGAUCAUCAAAGGACCAAUCACAGUGUCUCUACUGAUCAAUUUCUUCAUCUUCAUAAAUGUGAUCCGGAUACUUGUGCAGAAGCUAAAGUCUCCCGGAAUGGGAGGCAAUGAUUUCAGUCACUUCAUGAGACUGGCCAAGUCUACUCUUUUCCUUAUCCCUCUGUUUGGCAUGCACUACAUGGUGUUUGCCUUCCUGCCAGAGAACACAGGAGAGAAUGCUCGCCACUUCCUUGAGCUUGGACUGGGCCCCUUUCAGGGUUUUGUUGUGGCUCUGUUAUACUGUUUUCUUAAUGGAGAGGUACAAGCAGAACUAAAGAAGAGACUCUGGAAGUGGCAGACACAAAGUUAUUUGAGAUACAGUAAAAGGAGACGAACCCUCUUUACUGAGAGCAGCACAGUAACACAAAUCUCAGUUUUAGAGAAAUCCAGCCCCAAAGAGCUGCCCUUAAUUGAGUCCCAGAACAGUGUGUCGAAGGUCUAAAAUCAAGGGAGCUCUACAGUUCAUCUCUUUCCUUCUCUCUUGCUGUUUCUGUCCCUCUCUUCUUCCAUGAAACCUCUAGACCAGAAGACACUAGUCUAUUUAUUUUACAUUUUGUUAAGGUUAUAAAUUGGUUGUUAAAACUAUACAGAGUAACAAAUACAUAAAUGUUAUUCCACACACCACUGAGACAAGAUUUCAACCAGAUACAGAUAAAAACACACACCCUGUAUUCAUAAUACAAAAGCACAAAAUCACAUUGUUUGAUGACUGGCAUUCACUACAGUAUUUGAAGAGCAAUGUAAAAGAGCAAUGUAAAAUCACAUUGUUAUCUUUAGCAAAAAGUGAUCAUCAUUUAACUGUGUUAAUGUAAAACCAGUUGUUCUUUAAUUUAUAUUUAUCUCCUCUGUAGUUUUUCAUAUGAGACUUGUUGUCUACACUGCUUGACUUGAAAGCUGGGGAUAGCUUCAUGCCUCUAUGGUUUGCUUAGAUAUUAUGAAGUUGAUCACUUGCUAUUUACCUUAAUUAACAAAGACCUCACUUUGGAGUAUCCACAAAUCAUAGCAAACAAUCGAGAAAUGUAUUUUCGUAUUCAUAAAUGCAUAUUCAUUAUGUUUUAUUUUGUAAAUUGUGAUUCAAUGCAACAUAUUGCACAGUGUACUGGCCCUAGACAGUAUAUACAGAAGUGUAAAAUGACUACAGGGCAUACAAAGUAUUUUUCUUAACAGGUGUUUUCAAGGUAUUUUAUUCAUUAUAAAAUACAUUUAGUUAAAAUAAAGUGUUGUCUCAGUAUAUUGAUAAGAAAAAAAUUAUAUUCAUAAAAAAAUAAAUUAAAUCAAGCUUAACCCUAGAAUGCAUAUGUAGUGACGUUACUAUAGUUUAAUGCAUAUGUGGGUCAAAAAAGACCCAGAUGAAACCUAAAUACUUAUUCUUUAUAAAACUGUUUGUUUUUCAAGGAACAUUAAUUCUAGUUAUAAUUUAAAAUUUAUAAAGAGUAAUUUAAAUGUUAAAAUAGAUGAUAUAGGUCUAUAUUUUAUUUAAUUCUGAAGAGUUUCAGGCACAAUGAAGAUGGAGUAGGAGUUUUGAGUGACAAUGUUUAAAGAAAUAAAAAAUAAAACCUGUUUUACAAAAAUAAGGGCAAUAAUGGUAAAAUAUGAAAUGUCUCAACAACUCUACAAAAAAAAAAAACACAGACAAGUGGUCGCCCUGAACUCCACCAGCCAUCUCAAAGCGGGUUUCGCCCAGGGCGCCAUACAAGCCAGAACUGCUACUUUUUGAACUAGGUAUCUAACCUCAGGUUGCUCCAUAAGGACUGUCCCUGUAAUGGUUCUAACAAUAAGCAAAUUGGAUAUAAGCAUCGGCUUAAUGACAACUUUCUGUACUUGCAUACAAAAUAUAAAUGUGAACGUUGUUGUAUUGAACAUAUAUUUAAUUACGUAACAAAUGGAAACUGAAACAAAUUUAAUAAAUGGAUUACAAAAAUAAUACUGAUGUUAAAUGCAUUGAAUACCAUAGGAAACACAUAUGGGAUACAUGGACCCACAUGCACAUCUAAUUAUGGAGUAAUUGCAAACUAUGAAGACUAUUAUGAUUAUUAUGAUAAUGAAUAAUUGUGUUUUGAAAAUGGCCUAUUUAAGAAUCCUUUGCAGUGCACACAUCUGGAGCACUAGACUGUAAAGUUUAUUAUUUAGUAGAAAUAUAUACAUAUGUGGGUUUUAAUUUUUUUUUUAUUGAUUCUAAAUGAAUUAAAAAAUAUGCUUGCUGUACUGUAAAUUCUAUAUUUAAGGCCUGCUUGCUGUACUUUGUCUGCCUUCAACACAUUUAUGCUCUGUCAUUUGGCGUGUUUUGAUUAUAAAUGUAGAUUCAUUGCAGUUUUUUUCUCAUUAAUAAUAAUAAUUUAAACAGCUAACUAAUUUAUAUUGUUGUGGAGAGACACUUCCAUGUUGCUACAUGCAGUAUUUUGAUCUGUAAACCAAGUUUAAUUUGACUAAGCAUCUGAGCAAUUAAUUAAACUAUUUUGUUACAGUAAUUGAUAUGCUUACCGGUAGUGCUUUUCAAAAAACGUUGUGUGUGUGUGUGUGAAUCAAGGAGACAAUUAAAAUAAACAACAAAAACAUUAAAUUGUUAUUACAAUUAAUUUAAAAAGUAUUUAUAAAGUAUAAAGUUAGUUUUUUCCCACCAAAACAUCUUAUUUGAAUAGUAACAUCAAUGCCAUAAAAUGUGAGUGUUUUUUCUAUUAACUUAGAACAACCUCAAAUGUUUUUGUACAAUUUGCCUCCGGUGCACAGCAUGAAUACCUUUAAGAAGGGGGGAAGGGGGACUGUUACAUAAUGUUUUAAACUAGAUUAAUCACAAGACAUUUCCAUAAGUGUUUGCAAUGGAGUGCCGAAUUCAAAUGGUUUUAUAUAUUUAAUAUUUUGUCAAAUAAUUGUGGUGUGGGGGGUGUUCCAUGAUUACCAUGAAGUAGGGGGUGUUCAUCCAAAAAGCCACACUGCAUUAACGGAAUAAGUUAUGGAUGUGCAGGGUAAAUGUCUUUAUGUCCUUUGUGACAUGAUAACUGUUAUAGUAAAGUGUGCAAAAAUUAACACAAGCUCUGGUGAUGGCACUUUGAUGCCCCUAAAGGCUGUAAUUUAACUCGUGUAUCAUUUCUUUGCAUUACUGAUGUAGCUGAGCAACCUAUUGCACUUGUUUCUGUUUUUCCACAAUGUUGAGAUUAAUCAUAAUAACAUAAUAUAAUCAUCUUAAAGGCAUUUUAAUAAUGACUAAUUGUUUUGUUAUUGCACAUAUAGACAGUACAGUUUGCUGCCUUUUAAAGGGAUAGUUCACCCAAAAAUGAAAAUUCUCUCAUCAUUUACUCACCCUCAUGUCAUCACAGUUGUACAUAAUUUUUUCUAAACACAAAGAUAUUCUGAGGAAUAUCUCAGCUCUGUUGGUCCAUUCAGUCCAAGUCAAUGGUGGCCAGAAAUUUGAUGGUCCACAAAGCACAUAAAGGCAGUGUAAAAGUAAUCCAUUCAUCUCCAUGCUUAAAUAGAUGUCUUCAGAAGUGAGAUGAAAGGUGUGAGUGAGAAACAGAUCAAUAAGUAAUUUUUUUACUGUAGAUUGCCACUUUCACAUUCUUCUGUUUUUUUUUUGGCGAUUCACGUUCUUCAUGCCGACACCUUUUGGCAGGGAAGAUAAUGUAUAGUAAAAAAGGACCUAAAUACUGGUCUGUUUCUUACCCACACCUAUCGUAUUGUUCAGAAGACAUGAAUUAAAUCACAAGAUUCGAAUUGAUUACUUUUAUGCUGCCUUUAUGUGCUUUUUGGUGCUUCAAAGUUCUAGCUACAAUUCAAUUACAUUGACUUGACCAACAGAGCUGAGAUAUUCUAAAAAUCUGUGCUUGUAGUCUGCAGAAGAAAGUCAUCUGGGAUGGCAUGAGGGUGACAAAAUGAUGAUAGAAUUUUAUGAGAUUGAUUAGUUUUAUUGGACAAACUCAACUUUACUUGUCAAAAACAUUUAAUUGGACUUUUAAAAUAAAUUUCAUAAUUUACAAAAAGUACAAUAUACAGUAUACAUCAAACAAAAAACACAUUUUACAACAAAGUGACUGUUCACAGAAAAAAUUACAAAGCAAGCAAUUCUUCGCAAAGCAAGAUUGGCUGUAAAGUUAACAUUGUCUAGAACAUUCAGAUUAUUCUAUUGUCAUUACAAGCCCCCCAAACUCCUGUAAUAUCAAUUUUCUAAACACUAUAUUAAUAUUUUGCUGUGGUUAAUGUGCUAGAAUUUAAAAUAAGACAAAACACUCACAGGAUCCACAUCUAGUUUGCUAGAAGUGACACUGUACCCAGAGUACAUUUUCAUUAAAGCAACAUUUUCUAUGCAUUUCAUCUAAAUCAACUGUUCUACAUAUAGAAAUUAUCAUAUAUUUUCACACAAUUUAUAUUUAAAAUAAACAUAACACAUUAAUAAAAUAUAAUGUAAAAAAUAAAACCCUUCAUGUUUUCAUUUCCCUACCCAUUUAAUGCUGACCCAUCAGCUUGCAUUUCUAUACAUUCUAACUAAGGAAUACUGCAGUGGUGAAUGCAGGCACGCAUGCUGAAAGGUAAGAGCUAUUUCUGAAAUAUAUAUAUAUAUAUAUAUAUAUAUAUAUAUAUAUAUAUAUAUAUAUAUAUAUAUAUAUAUAUAUUUCAGAAAUUGCACAUGCUUGUUGGCCCUAUAUGGUUAAUACUAGAAAUACCACAUGUUAUUGUCAUUGUGGUGUGAUAAAUACAUCAUUUGUGUGAUGUAUUUUCUCUUGGGAGGAAAAAGAAAACAAUAUUGCUGUACAUCAAUAUAACAAGCCACCCAAUUUUUGUAUGCUUUAGUGCCCAAUAAAUCAAAGGAAAUGCAUGCAUCAUUCAAGAGGAUUAGGCAGCAAUGCUGAGAACUACACAUUUAAACAAUAUUAAUAAGAGUGCUUUCAAAUUACAAAAUUACAACUUCAGUGCACAACCUUGAAAACGGUCACAGAUGCAAAUUGCAGUAUUUAGUUUGUGUUAUUUUGAAAUUAUCUGCAUUAUACACAAUGUAUUGCUAAAGUUUGUUUACUUUUGCAUGACAACACUUAGCUGAGUGUAAUGCUAACACACACUGAUGGUGUCAUUGAUCUAAACAAGAAUUAGAAAAAUACUUUUCAGAUGUAUCAGAUCUGAAUAAGAGUUCAGACAAUGUUUAAAUUGAAUAUAAAGGAUAUAUUCAGCACUUAUUAGUAAAACAUUUACUGUAUGCUAAUAAUAAUUGUGUGUCAUAUGCUAAAAUUGCAAGUUUUUGAAUAAAAGUAUUUUUACAUCGUUGUCAAAAGCUUAAAAAAAAUUGAGAGAUUUGUUGUUUGUUUUGUUUUUUGUUUUUAAAUGGUUCCACAAAAAUCAUAUUAACACAGUAUUUCAGUUUAGGACUGACCCUAUCAUAUUUGUUUUUAUAGUUGUAAACACUAAGCUUAAUUGUUCCAAUUAAAGUUUGUUAAUACUGUAUGUCAAAUUAAAAUGCUUGAUAAUGCAACUACUAAAAAAAUCUGUAAUACAGUAUAAUUUUACAUAUAAAUAAAUUUGAAUCAUAUAAAACAUACAAUCUGUAUUAUAUAUUUUUGUCCAUGUGUGCCUUUUUCUCUUUGCAGUUAUUGUUUGACAAACAAGGCAUUUGUUCUGGAAUAGAUCCAUUCAAACACAAUAAUCGGAAUGCGCCGCAAAAGAAGGAUAUGAAUGUAUACAGCUUCUUAAAUAAAUUUAUAUAUAUAUAUUCUUAUAAAGUACGUGUGUGUGUGUGUGUGUGUGUGUGUGUGUGUGUUUCUUUCCAAAAUAAUUCUGCAUUAAUGAGUCUAAUGUGAAAUGUAAUAUUCAUAAAAAUAAACUUAUUACCAAUUUCACACUGUUUUGGGCUUGAUAUUAAUAUCAAAUUACAUGUAAAAGAAACAUAAAUUUGUAUUAUUAUUAUUAUUUUAGCAUUUCUGAAAGAAAUUGAAGGCCUUGCCAGAAAAAGGCCUUUUGGUUUACUGAAGCAUAACAAAAGCUCUUUCACAAAGAGAUGCAGUUUUACGUUGCUGUUUUGCUACGUAAAAAAAAAAAUCUAAAUUUUGUGCAAAAAAGGCACUUUAAAGAAGAAAAAACAUCUUCAGUAUAUACUCAGUGACAUCAGUUGCAAAGACUUCACACCCUUUGCAAACUGGAAUGCAAAUGACGUCUUAUGAGCUAAAAUAUUCAAAAAAUCAUCUUUGGAAUCUUAAAAGUGCUCUACUUGUAAAUGCUUGAUGUUGAAAUAUCAUACUAGAGAUAUUUAUAUUAAAACAUUAAAUUACAAAAUGAGCAAAAUAUCAAAGACUAAGAGCCAGACGUUUCGAUGUUAUGUAUAAUCAUGAAAUGUAGCUUAGUUGAACAUGUUGAAAACCAAUUAUUCAUUGACGUAGGUGACCCAUUGUUAAGAUUAAAAAUACUUGUAAAUUCACUGCACCAGGGUUAGUAUUCAUUCUAAAUGUAAGAGGGGAAUAAACAUGCAUAUGACAAAAACAUUAAACCCAUGUUACCCACAUAUAUUGUAUUAUGCCAUUGGCAUGAAUUUUGUUGCAUUAUUUUCUAAUUUACAUUUUCUGUACUAACGGCUGUUUAAAAAACGAAAAUCAUAUUUAACCCACAUUUAAAGCACAAGAGAAUUCCACUCAAGAAAACAAGUUGAAAAGUUAUUCAUUGUUUACAUUGACGAUUCAAAUAUUAGUUUAGCUUAUUAGAUCCCACAUGAUAAUAAUCAAACCUAACCUAAAAAAGGCAGAGACAUAUAAAAAAAUAUAUAUAUAUAUAUAUAUAU